UAAUUUUAUUGAGGAGAACUACGUUUCGCUAUACACCGUCUGUCAUUGACAUCCAAAACAUUUAUUAAGAAAACAUGUCUUCAUCGUCUCUGUUCUGUUGUCGGUUCCUUCGGCUGUCACCUUCUCUUCGAUGCUCUGAUUCUUUCGUUGGCAAUCGCUUCAAGUCAUUCUUGCAAUUCACUCCUGGGAUCCGUAAUUCUUCACAACUCCAAGGAAAUCCUGCUAACCUUAAGAGAGCAACUAAUUUUGAUAAACGCAUUUUGGUUUGGCAUAAGAAAUAUAAAUCUGUUGAAGAUGUCCCUGAAUACAUUUCGAUAUCAGUGAUCAACAAAGCCAAGGACUGGAGCCGUGUCUAUGUCAGCCUCUGCAUGGUGGCUGUCACCAUUGUCCUUUGCAUCAUUGUGAUGUACAGCGGGAGACAGGCUGCGAAACGGGGCGAAGGAGUGUCAAAGACCAACAUUGAGUGGCACCGCCAAUAUAAUAAGAAUAAUAAGGAAGAAAAGAAUGGAGAUGAGACCAAGAACUGAGACAUAUUUCUCCUUCUCUCUCUCUCUUUCUCUCUCUGUCUCUCAUACACACACACACACAUGGUUUCAUGUAGAGGCAUAUACACAGGGACACAAACAAGCACAUGCACUUACACACACACUCACAUAAACCACCCCACUGACAAUCAAUAUGGACUAACACACCCACAAAUACAUGCACACACACACACACACACGCAUACUUAAUCAUGCAAACACGUUUUCAUUCUUGCUCCCCAAACAACCCUGCAUAUAUACACCUAAACCGUAUGCUCCUUCUUCCUCCCACCACACACACACACACAAAUGCAGUGCCCCGUACUCAUAUAUAUAUCACAUGAUCAUGUGAUUGAGCAGACUGUUGAAUGUUGUUAUACAUCGCUAGUCACAAUGCACUUUGCAUCAUUUUAGCUUUCUAAUGAGGCCACCCUACUGACUAAGUCAGCAGGCCAAAAUACAUACAUAUACAUAUAUAUAUUUAUAUACAUACACGCACACACAUACAUAUACACACAUACAGGAUGAACCAAAAGUCACACACAAAAUUCAAUAUGUUCUGGAAUUGUCAAUGACAUGCUUCAGUUUUUCUAAAAUUAAAUAAAACAAUUUAGAAAUAAAAUAAAAUAAAAUGAAAUUUAUAUUUUCUUUAAAAAAAAAUGCAAAAAACCACCCAAAAAGCAAAAAAUAUCUAAAUAAAUAAAGUUGCUUCACAUGGCCUUAACACUGAUGGCUCCUCUCAAAGAAAGAACUUCACAGCAACAUAAACUAAUCAAAUAUAUAUAUAUUGGAAUAUUAGUGCUAUCCUGCCUCUUUUACCAAAAUAUUGACUGUAGAUAUGUGACCACAUGAAUGAAAGUAAAUUUGUUAACUGAAGUCA